CUUCGAAAGAACCCAAUCAGCCAGGCAUAGCUGAAUAUAAAACGUAAAAAUCUAUCAAAACUAUUUUUGGCAUUUUAGUAAAGAAAAAAAGUUAAGGCGCAGAACGUAAAGCGUCGAACUGUUUAUCGACUUGGAUACGUAUUGCGAGCUCGGCAUGGAACACCUCGAUCGGUAUCAUGGGCAGGCCUCACGUCUUGACUCGGAGGGCAAUCGCAACGAUCCCCCUUCGAAGUCAAUCCAACGCCGCAUCGACAAUACUGAGAAGAACUCAUCAGAGACAAACAACACAGCCAGUGCUGAUCCCAAAAUGUGGCUUGGAUCAUUAGACAGCGACUACUCUUUGCUUGGAUCACCCGAUAGUGGCAGCAGCGACUACUCUAUGUUUGGAUCAUCCGAUAGUGACGAGGGUAAGUGCUGCCGCGACAGCUACAAUCACGAUCAGGGAUCUUCAAGGCUCCUGUGUUCAAAAAGUGACGCCAGUUCUCCUAUUCGCAAAGGUUCCAGCUCCCCGGACGAGAGGAUGACACCCGAAGAUCCAAUGCCAUACGAUUUAAGCAUAAAACGCAACCGUCCAAUGGACAUAUGUACAACCAUGAGCAUCACCCCACCAUCUUCGGUGAGCUUGGCUUCAUCUGAUCCCUUGUCCACGGAAUCGACCCCGGUCUAUCCGUCAAGCAGCAGCUUGGAGAUGCCACGCCAGUCUUUUGUGGAGUGUCCUCCUCUGUCACGCCAACCAUCGCCCCCACCAGGUACGUCUGUGCCCAUAGGCAUGAACGAAAUUUCAGAGCAGGAGGGAAGAGCAGCUGACUUGAAGGAUAAGUUAAAAAUUAAGCGGGUCAGGGUCCUAGUGAUGGUGGAGACCGAGGACCACCAUAAAGAGCAAUCCGAGGAUAAACCUAAGAACAUCACAGCAAAUCCUAAACACAAGGACACUUACCAAAGAUGCAAUACCCAGUCAAUGCCCUCUGCAGAACAUACUUCUGCAACCCCCUCAUCGUCCUAUAUGACAUUAUACAGAGUACCUGGCCGCUCUUAUCAGCUGUCUGCAAGCGUCAGCCAGGAGGACUCUUCUUCACUAAAGGGAGACCGGUUAACGAGCAAGGAGGACAUUAAUACUCUGACGGGAGAACUGUUGAAGAACCAACUGAUGACCCGUCACCUGAUGCCGUUGAAGUCGCGAAUACCGACGCCAGCGAUGCCCGACAAGCCGGUGGGACCCAUUCUUUACAACGCCGCUGGGUGUAAGAAUAGACAGAGUUGUUCGGGCGAUGAAUUGGAACUUCAGUUCGAGCCAACAGAUGGUCAGAGCGGUCGGCCAAGAAGGAGCGUCUUGGGUGAUCUCUCGAAGCUUCCAGAUACAUGGACCGAUGGAAGAUUCACACCACAAUCGAUGUCGUCCCAAUCGUUCGAGUCCAUUGGAGGCAUCGACGGUGCGAUGAGCUGGAACUCAGGUGUUUCCGCUAUGCGAACCGAGGCGGAUACGGACAGAUCAAGUAUGUGGGAAGGGAAACGGCCAGCGAGGUUCAAGGGCCAGAAGAUACCACGGGAAGGCGACUUUCGGAGCUAUUUUGAGUUGGACGAGGUAUCGAUAAAGAUCCUGUGGACCGUGGCCUACCACCAGCCUACACUGGUGGGUUUGCAUGAUCGAAUUCUGGGCUGCAUGGAGAGAUUCUAUCACCACCGCUGCCCAGUUCGUGACGAGUUGAUCUUCCAGUGGUACCUAUUAGAAGGCUUUUACCCUAUAUUUUGGCUUCUGGAGGCACCUCUAGAAGAGGUGAUACAGUCGUCCGAUGAGCAGCUGGACAUGAUGAUCCAGGAGUUUACGUAUAGUGACCGCAUUUCGCAGAGUAUCCCAGUGACUGAGGACAUGGCCAAAUAUAUGGUCUGCGCAUACUUUCGCGUCCUCUACAACUACGCCAUAAACAGGAAAAUGGACAUUCUCAGUCGCACUCUACUCCGUUGCCGCUUCGCCGUGCACGUGGUGGAGGUGUUCAUGUUGGAGCAGCGUAAGCGUCCGCUCGGAGACACGAUCAACAGCUUUGAAUUGUAUAAAUGGUCUUGGAUACACGAGGGCCGCCUGAAAACCAUCUUGGAGGAGCCCUUGCAAACCGGUAACGAGCGGGCCACUCAGGCCGAGACUCAGGGGCUGUGCAUCCGCACCCCAAACAGCGACUCUUUCAGCGAGUUUUAUGUUAACCAGCAGCUUCCGCGACCCGAUUUCCAUGCCAUCAACAACGUCAGUGUCGGUCUGCGCCGGUAUAUUAGCAAGAGCUUUUCAGAGACUUUAAUUCCCUGUAGCUUUCCUUGCCCCAUUCAAGGCUGUGGACAAGAUCUGAGCCCGAGUAUCGUGAUGUCACAUUUCCUCACCAACCACUGCCGCCGCAUGGAAGAGAUCUGGAUGGGCGACCGCAUGAUCUGCCUGUUCUCCCCGGUCUGCUAUCCCCCCCGACUGAACUACUGCAUUUGCAUGUUGGCCAUACUGGACGGAAAGCACAAAACUAAAUCGCACCGCCCCCGGUACAUCCGAAAUUUGGGUUUGCCAACGCGUGAACUUUACUUUGCGGAGCACCUAUUAGUCACUGUGAUGUUCGCCAAGAUCGACAAGAGUGCACUGGUACGUGAAACCAUUGAAAGCGAUGAAUUCCAUGAAAACGAGUUGGACACACCUCGCACUGCGUUCUCUUUGUCGGAUGCUGUGGAUUUCCAUAAUACCGAAUAUCUUCCGGAAAUUAUAGACAAAAAGGAAGUGAAGGUGGAACCGAACCCCGAUCUGGAUGAUGAAGAGAAGACUGAUGUAACAUCCGAUUCAAUUUAUCCACGGGCUGGUCCAGUGCACUUUCCUGAAACGGAGCCACAACCUGUUGACGAAAAUCAGCUCUACGUAUUUUGGCUGAUGAGCCAUGACAAGCUCCCCCGGGAUGUGAAAGUUCGCUUAUAUGUCUACGCGCAUGAGCGCGGCGUGUGUGGCGAGAACCGCAAUUUGCUCAAGCCCAUUCGUAUGUCCAAGUUUAUCGAUGUACCCAAUAUGUUGGAUAACCAUAAAGACAGCUGCUUGAUCAUGGAUCAUCCCACCAUGGCCGCGAUUUCCAGCAACUUUAAAGACAUUGUUUAUGUGGACGCUCGCCCCGUGUAUGGGGAGCGAUAUAGUGCUAAUGAAUCCAGCGAUGAGAUGUGGGUUGUGCAGCCAUAGAAGUAUAAUACAUAGGUUCUAAAACUCCCUCAAGAAAAAUGAUGCCUAGCCGAAGCGUCUAACUUCUCUAUACAGGCUCCCCUUAAAGCACCCCAGAGAGCACUUAUUUCCUUUUUGCGUGUCCCUUUGUGGUCACUUACUAAAUAUAUUUUUGUCAUUCAGAUGAAUAAAAGAUCAAAGGUUGUCUU